AUGCUCUUCUCCCUCCUCGCCCUCGCCCCCCUCGUGGCCGGCCACACCCUCAUGACAACCCUCUAUGUCGACGGCGAGAACCAGGGAGACGGCGUCUGCAUCCGCCAGAACGAUGACCCUGAGAAGGCAACAUUCCCAAUUAGCCCACUGGCCAACGAUGCCAUGGCCUGCGGCUACAACGGCGAAACCGCCAACAAACGAACCUGCCCCAUCUCCCAAAACUCCACGCUCACCUUCAAAUUCCGCGAAUGGCCCGACGGCAGCCAAGGGGGCUCCAUUGACGAAGGCCAUAAGGGGCCCUGCGCCGUCUACAUGAAGCCCGUAGUCGACGCCACAGCCUCUAACAACGCCGCACAGGGAGACGGCUGGUUCAAGAUCUACGAGAACACGUACGACGAAGACGGCGACAGCAAGUGGUGCACGGAGAAACUCAUCGCCAAUAACGGGUUCCUGUCUGUGAAUGUACCCCAGGGGCUCAAGGGUGGUGAUUAUCUCGUCCGCACGGAAUUGUUGGCUCUGCAUGCUGCGCAGGAGGACCCGCCCGACCCGCAGUUCUAUGUUGGUUGUGCGCAGGUGUUCCUGGAUGGGUCUGAAGAUGGCACUGUGCCUGAGGGGGUAACGAUUAAUAAGGAUACGUAUGAUUUGGGGAUCAAGGGGUUGACGUAUAACCUGUAUUCGACGCCGCUGGAGCUGCCGUAUCCGCGCUUUGGGCCGGCGGUUUAUAAACCGGAUGCGAAGGCUGCUUCAGCUGCUAAGGCUGGUUCGGGGGGGAACGCGGUGCAGAAGAAGGGGCUUGAGCCGGAGGGGUGUAUUCUUGUUCGUGAUGACUGGUGUGGGUUUGAGGUGCCGAGUUAUAGUGAUGAGGAGGGAUGCUGGGCGUCCUCCAAGAAUUGCUGGAACCAGACAGACGUGUGCUACGAGACGGCGCCGCCAACGGGCAGCAAGAACUGCAAGAUCUGGGAGAAUAAGUGCAACAAUAUCGAUGACCAGUGCAAUGCUGGCAACUUCAACGGGCCGCCGAACAAGGGCAAGGACCUGACGCCGAAGCUGGAGGGCAUUGAUGGCUCGACUGCUGAGUAUUCUGGCAGUAUCAGCAGCAGUCAGUUUGAGGGUUCCAGCGACGAUUCAAGCAGUGACUCGACUACUACCACCAAAACUACAGCUACAGCUACAGCUACAGCUACAGCAGAUGCUGAUGCCGAUGCUGGCCGAGAGUCCAAGGGAAAAGGCCACUGCAAGGCCAAACGUGCCCACUAG